AUGUCCGAAGAUGCUUUGUUGGAAGAGGACAUUUGGGAGUACAAAUCCAUUAGGAAGCAAAAGCACCAGAGUAAUUCAGAGAGCAUCUCUGCACCUGUGCAGAGAGUAAGUGAUGGUGAGAGCAGGCUGAAAAGAAAGAGGAACAGGAAAAAGAAAUGCGUGGAAAAAGCUGAUACACCUCAGAAAACGAAGCAGAGGUCACAGCCACAUCAGGAUAUGGGUCAGUGUCCAGAUGACAGCAGUGUGCAUUCCCAGGGAAGUGUGAGCAGCCUGACAGAGCAGAGCUCACAGAAUGCAAAGCCUGUUCAUGAUGGAUACUGUCCCAGCUGCCAGAUGCCUUUCUCUUUGCUGUUGGUCCAGACACCUCAAUGGCAUGUUGAUGAAUGCUUGGAGACUCCAGGAUCCAUUGAAAAAGAGUGUCCUGAUGGUUUGCUGUGUACUUCCACCAUUCCAUCCCACUACAAGCGUUACAGCCACUUCCUACUUGCAGCAAACAGGGCAGGAGAGUAUCUUGUAAACUCUUCAACACACACUUUGAAGAUGACAUGUUCUACUGCUGCAAAACCCAGCUGUUCCCCAAGUCAUGUAGAGGAAAUCUCACAGAAUGAGGAACCAUCUGGUGAUAUAAAACGUGCCACAAACGGUGACUGUGCAUUGGUGGUAAAGAAUUCACCACAACUGAAGUAUCUAAAUAUAACCAGUGAAAGUACUUCCUUGCUUACAGGUGUUCAAAAACCUCAGCAGACAUUUCAGCCUACACAGACCACAGAUGAGAGUUGUGAAUUUGAAUUUUAUGAUUUUGCAUCCUCUCAGGUAAGUGAAAUGGGUGAAUAUCAGUAUAGUCAGAAAGAUACAGGUCAGCCAAGUCUGCUACAGUCAAAAGUGGACUUAAGUGACUGUGAAAUUUCUUAUUCUCCACUAAGCACUUUUGAGGAAAGUGAAGAGGAAACUGAGGAGGAGGAGAAGAAAGUAAAAGUAUCACAAAAUCUGCAGAGCUUGGAAGAUAAAGACUCUAAUUCUGUGGCAUUUAAAACAUUUGAUGGACUUCUCUUACAGAAGAAACCUCAGCAUGAGCAUAGCAAAACAGGAAAUUUUGUAAUAAAAAAACCUCUCUGUGAAGAAGUAAGUACAUUGAACCAUCAGGAUCAUUGCAUAAGAACUGUUGCUGAGAGUCAUGUGAACAGCAAGUCCUGUAACUCAACAUGUGUAGACAAUCAGCUUCAGCAAGGGGUGGGAGCCACUGGAUCCUCUUUUCCUUCUAAUUGCAAGGAGGCUGAGCAGCUGGAAUUGAUUUCCUGUGCUGCCAAAGCAGGUAACACAGAGUCAGGAGGUGCUUUGGAUUCUGCAUCCCUGAGUGCUACCGAGACAUCAUUGCUGCUAGGCAGAGAAGAUGCUGGCUCUCUUCUGUCACAGAAGAGUAAUGUUUUGAGGGAGCCAAGCAAGGUUUUAACUCAUACAGAUAAAAUGACUGCCAGUGCAAUUGAAAAAGCAGCUUGCCAGGAGAGUUUGCAGACAGUAGUGGAGAAAAAAGGAACUCUUAAUACAUCUGCUGUGUGCUUUCCCAGCCCCAUCUCUAAAUCAGUGCCAUCUCUUUCUUUAGCAAGUAUGAAUGCUAAACCCAGUCCUGCCAAAGAACUCAAACAAAUGGACAUUGGUGUUUUCUUUGGGUUAAAACCCAAAGCAAAAGAGGAAAGUAAAGGAGAGACGUGUUCGAGUGAGAGAAAACAGAUACCAAGUUCAGUAACUCCCAAUGGAAAGAGGCCCAGGCAGCAAAAAAGGAAAGCUGAAGGUUCUGUGGAAGAUGUAGAAGCAGUUACAGAAAGUCCAAGUAAAAAUGGAGCCACUGCAGAUAAAAGUUCUGGUGGCCCACAAAGGUGGAGAAAAAAAUUUAAAGAACUACCUCCUACAGGUGAAGGACCAAGAAAAAAACAUUGCCCUUUCUACAAGAAAAUACCAGGAACUGGUUUUACAGUUGAUGCCUUUCAGUAUGGAGAAAUUGAAGGCUGCACAGCUUAUUUCCUUACUCAUUUUCAUUCUGAUCACUACUGUGGGCUAACAAAAAACUUCAGGUUUCCAAUCUACUGUAACAAGAUAACUGCCAAUCUGGUGAAGAGCAAACUUCGAGUCCAAGAGCAGUUUGUCCACGUGCUGCCAAUGGACACAGAAUGCAUGGUGAAUGGGAUCAAAGUCUUAUUGCUCGAUGCCAAUCAUUGUCCAGGGGCAACAAUGAUCCUUUUCUAUCUCCCAAGUGGAACUGUCAUUCUGCACACAGGAGACUUCAGGGCAGACCCUUCCAUGGAGCGCUGUCCUGCUUUGCUUGGCCAACAAGUCCAUACCCUUUACCUUGAUACCACGUACUGCAGUCCUGAAUACACUUUUCCUUCACAACAAGAAGUCAUCCAGUUUGCUGUCAAUACUGCCUUUGAGACAGUGACUUUAAACCCUCGGACUCUAGUUGUUUGUGGCACUUAUGCCAUUGGAAAAGAAAAGGUCUUUUUAGCAAUUGCUGAAGUUCUGGGCUCAAAAGCAAGUGUGUCCCGUGAUAAGUACAGAACCCUGCAGUGCUUGGAGUCAGCAGCUGUUAAUUCCCUCAUCAGUGUGGACUGGAAUGGGACUUUGCUUCAUGUUCUACCCAUGAUGCAAAUUAAUUUUAAGGCCUUGCAAGAUCACUUGAAUAAGUUUUCUGAAAAUUUUGAUCAGAUUCUGGCUUUCAAACCUACUGGGUGGACCUACUCUGAUUCAUGCCUUUCUCUGGUGGAUAUCAAACCUCGGACAAGAGGAAAGAUCACCAUAUAUGGGAUUCCUUACAGUGAACACAGCAGCUACGUGGAAAUGAAGCGUUUUGUUCAAUGGUUGAAGCCACAGAAAAUCAUCCCCACUGUAAAUGUUGGUGACUGGAGAGCCAGAAGCAUGAUGGAAAAGCAUUUUAGAGACUGGAUGAUUGAGGGCAGUAGGCAUAAAUAAAUAAAAGGCAGAAUGUCUGUUUCAAAGGGGGUAGGCUGGAGUGGGAAUUGUGAAUUCUGUGAGUUUUAUUUAUCUCCUUUUUCCAUGGAGCUUUCUUCAGGG